AGAGAGAGACACACACACACACACACAGAAGUGCCUGCACAAGUCCAGAGCCGCGUGUCACACAAUAGCAGGCGCACGGAGCGCGUGAGAGUGUAUGAGCGUGUGUGUGUGUGAGAGUGUGUGUGAGUGUGUGUGUCCGCGCGCGGGACGGGACCGGACAAACCCAGAGGAGUUGUACUGACCUGGAGCGCUCUUGGUGUGUGUGUAUAAGUCUGUGUGUGUGUGCGUGCGUGUAUGUGGAGAGUGUUCAGGAUCUGCGUGGAGCUCCGUGACCUGCGCGUGAGGAUCUUUCGGAAAUGAGGCUUUGGGCGAGCGGGACAGAGCGAGGCGCAUCGCAUCCGGACCGGGGAGGCGCGCGAGGAGUCUAGAACCUUAGGAGAACCUUCGCUCUGUUUGUGUUCUCUGUAAGAACCCCAGCAACCCUCUGAGCAUCUACUCCAGGACGAUCCCAGGAAUCGCGAGCGCUUUCUGGACAUGGGGAUAUAAUAAUAAACACCGUCUCAGGAGAGUCUCGCGCUCUGCUGCUGCUUCACGCGCGCGCGGAUUGUUUGAGGAUUUUCUGGUCGCUCCUGUGGAACUUUCCUUCAACACUAAGUGACCGUGCGGCGCGCGCGGACCGGAUGGUAUCAUCAUCAGAGCGGCUUUAGCUGUCGGGGAUUGAGAGAGAGAGUGUGUGUGUGUGUGUGCGUGUGUGUGUGUGAGAGAAGAUGGACGGUGGUGUGUGUAGUGGGACAGUCCCGCUGUGGAUCCUCGCCGUGCUGCUUCGGGUCACCGCGCUGCAAGCCAAAGCGCUCGAAUCCGUCAUCUGGAGCUCACAAAACUCCAAGUUUGUCCCAGGUAAAGGCCUGGUGCUAUACCCUGAGAUUGGGGACAGGUUGGACAUUGUGUGCCCGCGAGAGUCCCCCAGUGGUGUGUAUGAGUACUACAAGCUGUACCUGGUGAGUGGAGAGCAGGCGGAGUCGUGCAGCACCGUCCUCAACCCCAACAUCCUUGUCACCUGCAACAAACCCGACAAGGACAUCAAGUUCACCAUCAAGUUCCAGGAGUUCAGUCCCAACUACAUGGGGCUUGAGUUCAGACGCCACCAAGACUACUACAUCAUCUCCACCUCUGAUGGGACGCUCGAGGGUUUGGCGAUGAGAGAAGGAGGAGCCUGCAGGACCAGAGAUAUGAAGAUCAUUAUGAAAGUGGGGCAAGAUCCGAAUGCUCCUGAUCCGGUUCACACGGAGCCUCCUGACAGAGUCGUGGACAACGAGAUCAAAAUCCCAACAACAAAACCUGAACGCAAAACAGACAGCGGAGAGGGAGAGAACUCCAUACCUGGAAACACAGACUCAAGGAACUCGGAUUCCUUGGAGGGGAUUUUUGGUUCGAAGCCUGCUCUUUUCGCCUCCAUUGGUGCCGGAUGUUUGCUCUUCCUCCUCAUCAUCAUCGUCCUCAUCGUGCUGCUGCUCAAACUGCGUAAGAGGACGCGGAAGCCGAGGGGCGGAGCCUCGCUGUCACUCAGCACGCUGGCUGCCCCCAAAUGCUCCGCCCAGUCCGGUUCCGAGCCCAGUGACAUCAUCAUCCCGCUGCGGCCCACCGAGGGCGGCUUCUGCUCACACUACGAGAAAGUGAGCGGAGAUUACGGCCACCCUGUUUAUAUCGUACAGGAAAUGGGUCCUCAGAGUCCCGCAAACAUCUACUACAAAGUCUGAGAGACAGACAGACGGAGAGAGAGAUAGAGAGAAAGAUGGAGUGAUAGACCCCAGUGAACAAAUAAUUUCUCUCUCAUCCUGCUUCCCAAACUGUACGUCUCUGUCUAUCAGCUGAACUAAAACAGGGAGCAGGAAGUGACAAAACAGGAAGUACAGAGACUGAGGCAUGAAUUUCAUUCAAGAAGAGCCUCCAGCCAAUCAUACACAGAGAUGUGUUGCCAUGACGUCACAAAGCAGGACGUGAUUUUUCCAAAUCAGGAAGUACUCCGUACUCCAGACUCAGGCGUGAGCUUACAGCCAAUCAUGAACAAGCUGAGUGAUGACAUCACAAACCAGGAAAUGAGUUCCUCUUUUUUUGUUGCUUUUAGUUUUUGUAUUUUUAUUUUAAUCACCACUAUUCAUUCGUUUACUGAACUGCUGAACCACACACACACACACGCACACAUGCGCACACACACACACACACACACACACACACACACACACACACACACACACACAAACAUGCGCACACACACAUACAGGAGUGCUGAAGGAUGGUGUUGAAUGAUCUCGACUGAAAAUAAACACACACUCUGCUCAUGUUACACAAUGUGUGUGUGUAUGUGAGUGUGUGUUACUACCCUUUUCCCAUUGUAUCCUCAGUGUUUUCCCGUGUGUGUGAAAGAAUAAUAAACACAUUACAAAACAUUUACCACCAAAUUGGAUCACACACACACACACACACACACACACACACACACACACACACAAAGUUUAUUCUUCUUAUUAACAGAGGAGAAAUGGAUGAAAAGAUAUCCAAG